UGACGUGCUUCCACGCCCAGCAUACUAUUUCGGAGUCUCCUCUGUAUUCACUAAGCCCGUCCCAGCACCGUGUGCCAGUGGUUCCUAAGCAGCGGAAAAUUGCGGCGUCGUACGUCAGUAGCGCAGCGCCUCUUACGACAACCAAUGGAUGACGUGAGAUACGCCAGGAGCGCAAGUGGGAAACGGGAUGCGGCUUCAAACUGCGCUGCUGGAAUUGAGAAUCGCAACGACGUUGCUUAUAUGGAAAAAAGAUCGUAGGGAAGAUAUAUACAGCAAUCAAUCUGACUGGGACCUGCUGCUGCUGCUGCUGCGGACAGCGCGGGCUCUGGAAUUAACGCACGAUUUUACUACGCGGAGAGGGAAUGUCACGACCAAGCCUGGGGAAUAAAUGCUAGAUUCGCGUGUACGCGGAUAGUUUUGCGGAAUAUGGAGCGGCUUGUGACGCGACGCGCGCUUGGAAAGGCGUGAAAAAUAUCAGUGACGUUCCGGCGGAGUGUCAAUGAAACGAUAUUAUCAGAUACAAAACCCGUUUCUGUAGCAGCCCGAAUUAAACACGAAUUCAUUCCUUCAUGUGCAUGUGAGUGCAGACGGGACGCCGCAUUCACCGGACUGUUGCUGCUCUGAGACCUGUGGCUGCUGGUUCAGAACCGUGAUCUGGGUCGGUUCUGCGGUUCUGUGUGCGUGUAUUUGCGGAGGAUGGGAGAUUUAAGAGAGUCCAUGCAGAAGAAGGUCUCGGGAAGACGCGCUCAUACUACAGGGCAGUGAUGCCGGGCAUGGUACUGUUUCGGCGACGCUGGUCAGUCGGCAGUGAUGACCUGGUGUUGCCGGCUUUCUUCCUGUUCAUACUACACUGCAUAUGGCUGGUGGUUCUGUCCGUGGUUCUCUUUGGGCUGCCGUACAGUUCAGAGCAGUCAUGCUCGGUCACGCUGGUGGAUCACGGUCGCGGUUACCUUGGCAUCCUGGUCAGCUGUCUGAUCUGCGAGAGCGCCAUCAUGUGGCUGAGCAUGAGAGGCAGCAUCCUGUACACACAACCCAGAGAGGCGGUGCAGUACGUGCUCUAUAUACGGCUGGCCAUCCUGCUGGUGGAGCUGGUGUACGCGGUGGUGGGCAUCGCCUGGUUGGUGCAGUACUACCAGCCCUGCUCCGACAUCACCGCCAAGAACCUCACCCUGGGAAUUGUGGUGUGUAACUGGUUGGUCAUCUUCAGCGUGUGUUUCACCAUGAUGUGCACCUUUGACCCCACCGGACGGACCUUUGUGAAGCUGAAAGCAACUCGCCGGCGUCAGCGUAACCUCACGACGUACACCCUCAGACACAGGCUAGAAGAGGGUCAAGCCAGCAGCUGGAGCAGGAGACUCAAAUUCUUCAUGUGCUGCACUAGAGCGAAAGACACACAAUCUGACGCUUACUCUGAGGUGGCCAGCUUGUUUGCCGAGUUUUUCCGGGAUCUGGACAUCGUGCCGAGUGACAUCAUCGCUGGCUUGGUGCUCCUCCGACAGAGACAGCGAGCUAAGAGAUCCGCCAUCUUGGAUCAGGUUUGCAGAAUCGUGGCAAACAAUGACGUUUUGGCCUUUCUGUCCGGGAUGCCUGUAACUCGCAACACUAAAUACUUGGACCUCAAGAACUCGUCUGAGAUGGCCAUGUAUAAGGAAGUGUGUUACUACAUGCUGUUUGCCAUGGCGGCGUAUGGCUGGCCCGUUUAUCUUUUGAGAAAGCCGGCGUGUGGACUGUGCAGACUCGUCAGCACCUGCUCCUGUAAUACUUCAGUUUCAGGUUCUCGUCUCUCUCAGUCUGUCACCGUUGAGGAGGAUAACUGCUGUGGCUGUAACGUUCUUGCCAUUCGACGGCAAUUCCUGGACCGAGACCUUAAAGAAGUCCAAAUUGUCUACACGUCCUGCCAUGACGCAGUUUAUGAGACACCCUUCUUUGUAGCAGUGGAUCAUGCAAAGAAAAAAGUCGUGAUCAGUAUCAGAGGGACAUUGUCCCCUAAGGACGCUUUGACAGAUCUCACAGGCGACUCUGAGCGUUUGCCUCUAGAGGAGCAGCACGGCACGUGGCUCGGACACAAGGGAAUGGUUUAUUCAGCUGAAUACAUAAAAAAGAAACUAGAGCAAGAAAUGAUUCUCUCUCAAGCCUUCGGGAGGGAUUUGGGUAAAGGGACGAUGCACUAUGGUCUGGUGAUUGUGGGUCACUCUCUGGGUGCGGGUACAGCCGCCAUCCUGUCCUUCCUCCUCCGGCCGCAGUAUCCUUCACUGCACUGCUAUUCCUACUCUCCUCCUGGCGGCCUCCUCAGUGAGGAUGCAAUGGAGUACUCGAAAGAGUUCGUCACCUCGGUCGUGUUGGGAAAAGAUCUGGUCCCCAGGAUUGGCCUCUCUCAGCUUGAGGGCUUCCGUCGCCACCUACUUGAAGUCUUACAGAAGAGUGAUAAACCAAAGUGGCGGAUCAUUGCCGGGGGUACGAAGUGCAUCCCUAAAUCAGAGCUGCCGCUGGAUGACGAAGCCCCUGUUUCUCAGGGCGUGACCCCCUCCAACUCUCGGCUGUGGCUGCACCCCAGUGAUCUGAGCAUCGCCCUGUCAGCCUCCACGCCACUGUAUCCCCCGGGACGGGUCAUUCAUGUGGUGCACAACCACCCGCCUGAGAUGUGUUGUGGUCAGGAAGAGCCCACUUACUCCGCUCUGUGGGGGGAUAACAAGGCCUUUGAUGAGGUCAUCAUUUCUCCAGCCAUGCUGAAUGAACACUUGCCCCAUGUGGUGAUGGAUGGCCUCAACAAGGUGUUGGAAAACUAUAAUAAAGGGAAGACAGCUUUACUGUCUGCUGCUAAGAUAAUGGUUAGCCCUACAGAAGUGGACCUGAAUCCAGAAACAAUCUUCCUCGAUGCCUCUAAUUCACCCCAACCCACGCCCGCCCCACAUCACCGCAGAAACAGUAGUGUCCGUUCCUGUGCCCACUCUGAGAUCUCACUGGAUGGCUUCUCGGAGUGUCCGCCUCCUCCCGUGCCCGUGGUGCUCACCGGAGCCCGUGAGCGAUUGGCCGUGGAGCUGCGGGAGCGAAAAGCCCCCCUGGCCAUCAUGGAAAGCCUUUCUGACGCUGAAUCCGUCUACAGCUUGGACUCCCGGCGAUCAUCUGCCGCCCUGAGGGGCUCGCCCUGUCUGGGGAGUCUGCCGUUCCCUCUGGACGCCCCCAUCCCAGAAGAGAAUCCUUCGCUGAGCUCCCGCACAGAGCUGCUGGCCGCAGACGGCUUGAGCCAGGGCGCAGUGGACCUCGAGCUGGGGGAAGCCGGCCCGUACUGCCCUACACCUCCGGAACUGGAAGUACCCUCCAAUGACACCCAUUAUCUCCGCAACGGCAGGCACUUCUCUUCGCACUCGCUUGGACAAACUACCGUAGAUCUGGUGACGAGCCAGGGCAAAAUCUUCCGGCGGUCUUCAGAAACACCUGUGGUUUGCAAGCCGUCAGCUGUUCGUAACAGUCAAGAAUCCCUCCCUGUAGCACCCCAGACUGGUUCUACGCCAGAAAAGCUCAGCGAAACGCCCAAGGAUAGAGAGUUUGAAGAGGGAGAAGUCAAAGUCGAGCUUGAGAGUGGCCGAUCCCAGACUCUUCCAUCAGUUUCGCCACUGUCCAAUGGCACUCCCAGUCAGGCGGUCCUGGAGUUCGCCCAAUACCUGGACUCUCUGUUUAGGCUCGAUGGCAGCAGCUCUCCACCUCUCGAGCUGUCCGACGCAGAGUCCGAGUCCGGACGGGGAUCUUUCAGUCAGGCGGAAGGACACCAAUCGGAUCAGGGUGUGAAAAACGCAGACAAGGACAGGCAGCUACUGGCCAGGGCAACUCUAGAGCCCAACUUGGUUCCCAAGCCCCCUCGCACCUUUGCCGGCUCGGCCGACCCUUCCUCCGGCAUCUCUCUUUCUCCAUCCUUUCCGCUCUCGUCCUCCGGAGAACUCAAUGAUUUCUCUCCUGCUGAUGGAGCGCUACCCACCAACCAUAUGUCGAUGCUACGAACUUCCGUUGCUAGCCCCAACCCCAAGGAAACGGUAUUGUCGUCUAUGGUGUAGUGGUCCACUGUCGAACUUCAACACGUUCUGUUUAUUUAUUGUACCCUAUGGUAACCCUACGGUUUCCUUUCCUGACUCAAAGUGGGUACACUUUCUUUGCUCUUUCUGAACCGAUUGUAGAAACGUGCAUGCGUAGCAACGCGGCCAGUCCGAGACUUCCAGACUUAUGGACCGUUAAGGAUUCAUCAAGAACAGAAGACCUCAUUUUGUACUAUUGUAAUUGACAUGUCUUUGCUGAAUGCAUUGUGUCUUGUGCAUCACCAUUAUGAAGUGUCCUAAUUUCUGCCUGCAACACAUUAGGUGCUGAGAGGCUCCUUUGAACACGAAAGAUGUUGCUAGCAUAUAAAGAAGCUUGCACAACGACCAUACGUUCACAUUGAAAUUAAUGUUUACAUUGACGCCACAGAACACCAAGCUAUCACAAAGGUUGGCAGUUCCUUAUAAGGGAAAAGUUGGGAUUAAGUUACGGGGAGGGGAGCACGCAACAAGCUGUGGGGUACAUUUCCUCAGGACUUUGAAGAAUGAAGAAUGGGACAAAGAUGUCUCAGGCAAAGGAUAAUUAAUUGUUCAGAUUUUUUCUUUUGGAUUGUACUUUUUCAUUUUUUAAUUGAAGAUUGUGUGGAAUGUCCUGCUGAGUAUGUGUAAUUGGUGGCACUGACGGUUGGUGGACAUCUAUGAGUUCUCGAUGUGCAUGAGAAAAUACUGUAUGCUCGUGUAAAACGUUUCAUUUUGCUAACUUUUGUCAUCUCUUAUUUACAUAAAUCCACUUGAAUUUACGCAUGCAAGUUUUAUAUCAUUUUUUUUCCCACUCGAUUGCCAAAAAGCCAACUUCAUACAAGUCAAAUGUUUGAACUCUGUGAAAUUAAUAUAUAAUCAUAAUUACGAUUAUUAUUUAUUUUUACCAACCACUGCCCAUAAAUGCAAAUGACAUCAGGAAGAGUUGUUGAAUGCUAGAGGACGUGCACCAGUCACAAAAUGCGCCCUUUAAAUGGUUUGACAUGUCUUUCAAGAAAAGUCUCAUUCGGUAUGGGUAUGGCAUGCAAUCAGUAGCAAAAUAAGCAUAGAGAGAUUUUUUCUCAUCUGCUUUUUUAAAAAAAUCAUUUCUACUGUUGUUGCUAUGUUACUAUAAAUAGUGGUUUAUCUCAACGGCAAAAUAUUUUAAUAACUUAGACUUGCUUUUUAUAUAUCGUUUCAGGAUGAAGUGUUUGAGUUUUUGGGUGGUUGUGUGAAAAGGUACAGCGGUUUGUCACAACAGAGCUUCGCAAGUCACAAAUGUGUCGAGUGACAAGUGUUUUAUUUUGUAUGCUAUCGAUUGGUUCAAACAAUGAUUUACAGCACAAUUCCCAUGCUUUGAUCGCAUGUAAUAAUUUCUUCUAUGGUUAUAGGUUGUUUUUGCUAAUUUUGCUUUUUUCAUGAUGUAAAUGUAAUAUAAAUGAACAAACGUCUGGCAUAUUCAGUACUUAUUUUCCUGUUCUCUAAUUGCUGCUUUACUAAUUAACUCAUUACUUUAUAAGCUGCUGUACUUUUUCACAAAAAGUUGUGUAUAGCACUGCCUUUUCACGUGAGUGUAAAUACUGUCUUGUUUCCAGUUGUUGUGUUAAAAAAAAAAAUAGAUAUAAAAUCAAUGGGACUUAACAAUUUAAAAAAAGCUCUAUCAUGUACCAUAGUGAGGACUUUAUCUCAAAUGUAUAGCUAUAUUGAUAUAUCUACAGUAUAAAUUAUAAAUAGAGAAAAAUUAUGACUAUUCAGGAACAAAACUCUGAUACUGUGGCCAUAUGUUUACUUUAGAAGAUAUAUAAUGAUUGACCCAUCAUUCUUAAAAAAAAAGGAAAAGAAAAGAAAGAAAUCUCUUUUCAUGUUUGUCACUAUACCCUGCCAACAAUGAGAAUGUAUUAAAAUGCACACACUUACACUGCCCUGCCUGUAAUAGAAUAAAUCAUAUGGAUCUCA